CACGACUACUGCGCCUCCUAGCAGAAAAAAAGAAAAGAAAACGUUCUCAUCACCUCUUCCUUGUUUCUUUUCAAUUUCAUUCGGGUGGAUAAAGAAAUGGUUGAUCGAAGUAUGGCCUAUUUGAACCACGUUUUCCAGUGUUAAAACUACAUUGUUAAUUUUAUAGGUAGUUAUUGAAAGUGAAAAUAAAUCGUGUUGUGUUUUUAGUGAAAUGUGGUCGAUGACAGCGUGAAAACGAUUGAUACAAAUAAAUCACAAUCGAGCCAACCUCAUCACACGCGGGAAAAGAAAAGAAAAACAAAUUAAAAUAAAGAAAAAAAAAAUAAAAAAAAUAUGUUAUUGUAAAUAUAUUUUAAACUAAUUCACUGUGAUCUCUUAGAACGUCUCGAUUCGUUAGUGUAUUAUUUACACCACAUGCAUCAAGGCAGUUAGUGCAAUUUUUUUAAUUUUCGUAUUUAUGAUACGCUGAGGAAGGGACAGUGAGAGGACCAGAAGAUGAGCUCGGUGAACGUGAGCGGUUCUAAACAGGUGGCGCAUCCGCCGCUGCGACAGAAGGAAUUUGAUCAGAUAUGGAGCGAUCUAGAGGAAGGCAUAGAACAAGUAUACAAGAGGGUGUAUAUGGGAAAGGAGAGAUAUAUGGGCCUUUAUACUCACGUGUACAACUACUGCACUUCGGUACACCACCAGACUAGCAGCAGUACCACCGGACGGACGAACUCCAACAAUGGCGGACGGAAUAACUACCCGGCGGCUAAGAAAACUAGCGGGCAAGUACCUGGAGGCGCUCAGCUUGUGGGGCUGGAGCUUUACAAGCGCGUGAGGGAGUUUCUACGAAUCUAUCUUAUAACAUUGCUGCAGAACGGCGCCGAUCUGAUGGGCGAGAACGUCCUGGCAUUCUAUACUAAGCAAUGGGAAGAGUACCAGUUCUCUUCUAGAGUUCUGAAUGGAGUCUGCGCUUAUCUCAAUCGGCACUGGGUCAAGCGCGAGUGCGAGGAGGGACGCAAGGGCAUCUAUGAGAUCUACCAACUGGCCCUGGUGACAUGGCGCGACAAUUUGUUCCAACGUUUGAACAAACAAGUGACCAACGCCGUUCUCAAGUUGAUCGAGAGGGAGCGCAACGGUGAAACUAUCAACACUAGGCUCGUUUCCGGAGUGAUCAACUGCUACGUGGCACUCGGUCUCAACGAGGAGGAUCCCAACGCUCGCGGUCAGAACCUGGCCGUGUACAAGGACACGUUCGAGGCGGUCUUCCUCGAGGACACGGAGAGGUUCUACACCAGGGAGAGCACCGACUUCCUGAGGAACAAUCCGGUUACCGAGUACAUGAUCAAGGCCGAACAGAGGCUUCAAGAGGAACAGCGGCGCGUGCAAGUGUAUCUGCACGAGACCACCAUGGACCGCCUCGCCAAGACCUGCGACAGGGUGCUCAUUGAGAAGCAUCUGGAGAUCUUCCAUGCUGAAUUCCAGAAAUUACUGGACGGCGAGAAGAAUACGGACCUGGGCCGCAUGUACAGCCUGGUGGCGAGGAUCCCCGACGGACUCUGUGAGCUGCGGCGGCUCCUCGAGCAGCACAUACACGUGCAGGGACUGCAGGCCAUAGACAAGUGCGGCGACAGCGCGCACACUGACCCUAAAGUGUACGUGUCGACAAUACUGGAGGUGCACAAGAAAUACAACGCGCUGGUGCUCGUCGCGUUCAACAACGACUCGGGCUUCGUCGCCGCCCUCGACAAGGCGUGCGGCAGGUUCAUUAACAGCAACGCUGUGACGAAAGCAGCCAACUCGUCGAGCAAGAGCCCGGAGCUCCUCGCCAAGUACUGCGACCUGCUGCUGAAGAAGUCCAGCAAGAACCCCGAGGAGCAGGAGCUGGAGGACACGCUCAACCAAGUGAUGGUGGUUUUCAAAUAUAUCGAGGACAAGGAUGUUUUCCAGAAGUUUUACAGCAAAAUGUUGGCCAAGAGGCUUGUUCAGCACAUGUCUGCGAGCGACGACGCUGAGGCAUCAAUGAUCUCAAAAUUAAAGCAAGCAUGCGGCUUCGAAUACACUAGCAAGCUACAGAGGAUGUUCCAGGACAUUGGAGUGUCCAAGGAUCUGAACGAGAACUUCCGCAAGCACAUGGCCAAGAGUUCGGAGCAGCCGCUGCACAUAGACUUCAGCAUACAAGUGCUGUCCUCAGGCUCGUGGCCCUUCCAGCAGUCUUCGUCCUUCCAGCUGCCCACCGAGUUGGAGCGAUCGGUGCACAGGUUCACAUCGUUCUAUUCGUCCCAGCACUCCGGCCGCAAGCUCAACUGGCUCUACAACAUGAGUAAGGGGGAGCUGGUGACCAAUUGCUUCAAGAACAGAUACACGCUGCAGGCCAGCACUUUCCAGAUGGCGGUGCUGCUGCAGUACAACGACAACGCGGCGUGGAGCGUGCGCCAGCUGGAGCACCACACCGGCAUCAAGGGGGACUUCCUGCUGCAGGUGCUACAAAUCCUGUUGAAGGCCAAACUGCUGGUUUGUCAGGACGACGAAGCGGACCUGACAGAGUCAUCCGUUGUGGAAUUGUACUUAGCUUAUAAGAACAAAAAGCUCCGCGUGAACAUCAACAUACCACUGAAGACUGAGCUGAAGGUGGAACAGGAGGCCACGCACAAACACAUCGAGGAGGAUCGCAAGAUGCUGAUACAGGCUGCUAUAGUAAGGAUAAUGAAGACGCGCAAGACAUUGAAGCAUCAGCAUCUUGUGGUGGAAGUGCUGAACCAGCUCUCCUCACGGUUCAAGCCCAGGGUCCCGGUGAUCAAGAAAUGCAUCGAUAUUCUUAUUGAGAAAGAGUACUUGGAGCGCACGGAGGGCGAAAAGGACACAUACAGCUACCUGGCGUGAUCGCCGCGGCGUAUUAUAUCAUAAAUAAAUAUAACGAUAUUGUA